AUGGCUUAUCCUGGCUUUGAAGCUGCUGCCUCUGGAGAGUCUAGGCAAUAUACAUCUCUUUUCAACCCAGACGAGUUUCAGAGCAACCAGGAAGCUCAAUAUGCUGCUACUGGGCGGGUUGCGUCGUACUCUGAAUUUGGGGACGAUGAAAGAACGGAGAAUGACGAGGGCAUUAGUGAAGGACGAAGCUAUAGGGGUGACGACGAAAGAACGCCUUACGUCCGUGAUACCGAUGCCCUUGAUGAUACAUACGGGCAGUCAUCUUCACCUGAUGGCAUGGGAGAGAGUUCCUCACGCCCAAAUAAAUUUCAAGGGCCGCCAUCUACUUGGAGAGGCUGGACUAAACGAGAGCGGCAUGAUGUUAUUGCCUUGGACACUAUCCGAUCAAGAGAUCUCUCUAUUCAUCUAUACAAUGCGUUCAUUCUUAAGAAACGCGCGAAAGAAGAUAAGGCCAGAACUAUUGCAGAUAUGACGCCGUGCGGAACCCCAGAUGAAAAGCCACCAGAAUCUUUGUCUUCAUUUGCUCCGAAUCGAGGUUGGACAGCCUGGCCAAUGCCCACGGAUGAAGUUCCGAGGGUAGAUGAACGCGUUAAUAGAGACCCAGACGAUGUCUGGACCUUAAGAAUGCCUCCUGAUGAUAGGCCGAGCGCAGAAUUGGAGGAAUGUCUUAUUGCACACAUGAUGAAGGUGUCUAGGGAAAGGUUCAACGCUAGACCGUGGGAUUGGCAGGGUGCUCGACGAUUUGAAAGAGAGGAACCUCCAUCGGAGAGCGAUAACCAAAGCACGGCUCCGAGAGAUGAAAGCGAAUUUGGUGGUUUGGGGCUAUCGAAACCUACCCUCCGGCCGACAGUACAGACUGACGAUGACAAGUCCAGGAGGCUCCUUCGCCCAGAGGCACGAAAUAUUCUGAAUAAACUAGAUGACCUCCUGCUGAACCUCGAAGGAGCACGGAAAACAUGCGCUAGUAUGACUCAGGGGUCAAUAAAUGAACCCAAAUCACCCACCGAGAUAGCCAGAAGAGGGACUUCUCAGUCAAGUAUCGAUAUCCCGCCAAACUACAAAAACAACCCAGAUGUUGAGACGGAGAUAUGGGAUGAAAAUGACGCAGAACGCAGCAUAGCUUCAAAGCCAAUUUCGAGUACUCCCGAAAGUAGUAUAGAUGACCUUGAGGAUACGCUACCCGCAAAUCCAAACUCCCAACAUAAAGGUAGUGUGCGCCGAGGUCUUCGCGACUGGAGUGUGGUUGUCGGUAUGGCAUCACUGGCUGGAUGGCCGGCCGCCGCAGUUAUGCGAGCUUCCCGACGCUGUGCAGACCUUUUUGGUGAAGACCAAGUGUUCAGAACCAUGCACGAAGGGACUGUGCAACUAAAUAGAGGGGAGGAUGGGAUGCCUUAUUGGAAACACACUGAGCUAGAUGAACCGGAAGAGGAGUUCCAAGAGGUAGAAGAUCGACCCCUUUCAAGUUGUGCGGAGAAUCCGAAAGAAGAUGCGAGAUACUGUCCAGUGGAAGGAUGUUCUCGGCGAUUGAAAGGAUUUUCCAGAGCAUGGAAUCUGAAUCAGCACUUGAAGAAUGCCCAUUCAGAUCUACUAGCAGAGUCAAAGAUCCAGCUUGUUAAGAGAGUAUAUAAUAAAUGA